CUCCUAUUUCCUACUGUACAUAUUCGACCGUUACGUACCUUUCUGGAUCGUAUGGGUCAUUGUCAAUAUCCGCAACCCACACGCUCCUGACUUUCUCUGACUUCCUAGUAGAUUACUCCUACACAGUUCUACUAUUCUCACAUCCAGCUAAUUUUUAAAUUCUUUCACUUCCCAAAUGAAGAGGGAAAAGGGCACAUUAAUAUUAUAAUUCAAUUUUUAAAAGUCUCAUGUUAAUAAUGUAAUCCCCCCACCCCCCAAGUUAUUAGCAUAGAUUGUGGCUGAAGAUAACGUUAAUGAGGCCUUUUUGCCUGAAACCAGAAGCAGAGUCCUAAUGCUUGACUUAUUUAUACUAUAUCCUAUACAACUCUGCUGUUAAUUGACUCCCAGCUCCCUCCUAAAUACGCAGAGUAGAAUGAAAACAAGAGGCUUUCUUCGAUCCUAGAGAAAAAAAAAAAAAGACAAAAAGAAAAAAAAAGAAAAUUAAAUAUUUUAAAGUUCAAAUCUCGAGAAGUCCGGUGUUUAAAUUGCUCCAACCUUCAUCCUCAUCGCAUUGUUUCUUUAGAGAGAGUUUCUCACCGUCUUUGGUUUCUUCUUAGGUAGAGAGAGAGAGAGAGAGAGAGGUGGGAAAAAAGAAAAGGGUUUCAGUCGGCGGCGUUUCUCGUGGUCGGAGUUAUAUACGUUUAUUUUCCGGCGAUUUGUGAUUUUACUUGGACGAAAUCUUGAAACAGAGAUUAACAGGAGAAGAAAAUGGUGGAGGCAGUGCAGAAACAGAAGGAAACGACGUCGCAGUGGUGGUGGUUUGAUCGUCUCAGCGACAGCAACCAGAACCAGAAGCGUUCUUCAUGGCUGCAAUUCACGCUUUCAGGUAUUCCUCUCUGCUCAUUGUUUUUCUUUCUUUUUUUGGGUCCCAAUCCUUUUGGGCUUCUUCUCUCUCAACGCUUAACGUGCUACACGAUUUGAUACCUGUAUGCAAUACUGUUUAGUGAACAAAAUUUAGUGUUAUCGGGUUCAGUGUUUCUCUGACAAUCUUUACCAAUCUCGAAGAUUAAUCUCUUUAAUUGGAAGUUCAACUUUCAAAUUUUGAACUCUUUCAAUUUGGAUUUCAAGUUAGCACCUUUUCUGUCUUAAAACACAUAUUACAUUCUUGUAACGCAUUGUCAAGAGAUAAUCCAUGAGAAUCCUCACGAUUAUUACAUUUUACAGUUUGAUUUGAAACGCAUUUCGUCUUACCUUUUUUGCAUUAUGUAUUCACUUUUUGGGUGCUGUUCAUAUACACUUACUUUCUGGAGAUUUGCUAACUAAUAAGAUUAGUCACCAUAUAAAGAUUUGAUUUGGAAGAGACAAAAUUUUGCAUGGGAAUGGCUCGAAAUGUUUUAGUAAGUCCAACUUUUAAUCAGCAAUGCAUUAAAUUAUAGUGUAACUGUCUAGGUCCACCACUUGCUAACUUUUCUCCGAGGUAAAAAGGAAAAAGAACUAGAAAAGAGGCUUGCUUGGCAGCAUACGUAAUUAUACAAUAAAAGUAACGGGCAAAUGGUAGGAACAUGGUGGAGGGAUCCACAAUCAUCAUCAAUUCAUGGACUAGGUUUUGCAAACAACAAUGUAUUUGUUGAGUGUAGUGGUGGUAGUAAAAAAUGGCCUUUCACUUUUGCUCAGAUAGAAAACAAAUGGUGAAGUUCUAACGAGAAUGAAUGGCCACUAGGGAUGGGUACAAUUUAUCCAAAUUAUGAUUCAGUGACCUUUCCUAUACAGUUUCAAGGCACUAUUAAUGCUGUCUGUGCAUCUUAUCUUGAUUUAUAUGUACAGUCUCUAGUAGUGGGGCUGAUCCGCUCUCAAUGGAUGCUGGUUUUUAUGCAUCAAAAUCCAAUUCUUUAUAGGGAUUCUCCCCUUUUCUAUUUGGCGAUAAUGUUCCCGUGUUCUGUUUUACCCUGUUGAGCUGGAUGAGAAGACUAGGGCCAUGCUAAAACUGAUAGAAGAAGAUGCAGAUUCCUUUGCGCAACGUGCAGAGAUGUACUACAAGAAGAGACCUCAGCUCAUCAGCAUGGUAGAGGAAUUUUACAGGACUUACCGGUCAUUAGCCGAACGAUAUGAUCAAUUCAAGUCUGAAUCAGGAACACCCCGUGCAUGGGUGUCGCCAUUAUCCAUGAAUAAAUGCAGACAGGAGAAGUUGAUGAGCCAUAUUUCAAUGGACAAAGUAUCAUUGUAUGACAGUUAUUCUGAAAUGGCCUACGAAACGGAGGAUUAUGAGUCGGAUGUAGAUGAUCCUCCUGAACCUGAACAUGAACUAGAGAAGGAAGGAGAAGAAUUGCAUCGUGUUUGCGAAGAAACAGAGCCAAUGGAGAUUGAUGUUUCAAGUGACAACAAUGAUGGGAACAAAGAUCAAGUGAUUAAGCUAAUGGAGGAAAUAGAGAGACUUAAAGAAGAGAAUAGGGCUCAAAAAGAGGAGUUGAUUCAGAAGGAUGAAGAGAAAAGGGAUGUGAUAAGGCAACUGACUUUAGCCAUGGAUCAUCUCAGGGAAGAAAAUCAGGAUUUGAGGAAGAGAGUUGUUGCAAAAGAGUCUCCUCCUAAGAAGAAACAGAAUCAUCACUUCGAAUUGAGCAAAAUGGAUGUACUGUGGAAGAAGUUCUUCAAAAGCAGUUAGUCGUCUUGUUUUCGAUAUAUUCAACCACCAUGUUUGUAUCUGGAUUAUAUAGGGUAAAUAGAAUCGAACUCUCUGUAAUUUUGUGGAACCUAGUACUUUGCGAUUAGGUAGAAUUACAAGUUCAUACCGUGGUAAGUUGUAGUCACUGAUGUUUGUAAUACUCUUUGUUUUAGGGAAUUCGCUCAUUCAUUCUUUUUCUAGUUUCUUCGGUAGUAAUCCUAAUUUACGCAAUGAAAGUUUGUCAAAAGUGUUCACUUUUAA